CUACACUACGUCGUCUGCUGUCCGCCUGUCCUCCCUUUUCGGUCCUCCUUCAAAACCCUCACCUCUCAAACGAAAGCUCUGACAUGUUACGAAAAACCUUGAUUCGAAAUGAAGUGGUGCAAUUCUGUAAGCGAGCUGUUCAACCGACAUCAGUGCGACAACUAGGGCCAGCAUGUCUAAAAGCGUGUCAAUUCCACAGUUUAAAAGUGAAUCAGCCAUGUGUUCUCUCUGGGGCCCACCAAUUGGUGGAUACUCGACAAAAAGUUCGUCAUUACUGCCCAGAUUUACCCCCUCAUCAAAAGGUUCUGCUACCUGCUCUCUCACCAACUAUGGAAUUGGGUACUAUUGUCAGCUGGGAGAAAAAAGAAGGUGAUAAACUCAAUGAAGGGGACCUCUUAGCCGAAAUUGAAACUGAUAAAGCAACCAUGGGCUUUGAAACACCAGAGGAAGGCUAUCUUGCCAAGAUUCUUGUUCCUGCUGGUUCAAAAGAAGUUCCUAUUGGGAAGCUUGUAUGUAUUAUUGUGGAGAAUGAGUCGGAUAUUGCAGCGUUCAAGGACUAUAAAGACGAUGGGUCAAGCGCCCCUGCCAAACCUGCUGCACCUGCAGCCCCCGCCGCGCCUGCCCCAGUUGCAUCUGCUCCUAGGGCUGCUGCCCCCCCACCUCCUGCUCCAAUGGCCUCUGCUCCAAUCCCUGCCCCUGGUUCUGGGGACAGAGUGUAUGCAAGCCCACUGGCCAAACGUCUAGCAGCCGAGAAAGGACUCAAUCUAGCAUCUGUCGGCGGUGGAUCUGGUCUCUUUGGUUCUGUUACUGCAGCUGAUCUCUCUAGAGCAUCAGCAGGAGCUCCCAGUGCUGCACCCCAGGCUGCCGCUACUGCUGCGGCUGCAGGUGGUGCAUUUACCGACAUCCCUCUUUCCAGCAUGCGAAGUGUUAUUGCAAAGAGACUUCUGCAAUCAAAACAGACCGUGCCCCAUUAUUAUCUUACUGUCGAUGUUAAUAUGGAUGAAUUAUCAAAAUUGCGUAAGAAGCUAAAUAGCACACUGGAAAAAGAGGGUAUCAAGCUGAGUGUAAAUGACUUUAUAGUAAAAGCUACAGCACUUGCCUCCAAAAAAGUUCCAGAGGCCAAUUCAGCAUGGAUGGACUCAUUUAUUCGAGAAUACCAUUCAGUUGAUGUCAGUAUAGCUGUUGCGACAGAUAAGGGACUUAUUACACCAAUUGUAUUUGGAGCUGAUAAGAAAGGUUUAUCAAGGAUCAGACAAGAAACCAACAUGCUUGUCUCCAAGGCUAAAGAGGGAAAACUUCAGCCACAUGAGUUCCAGGGUGGUACCAUCUCUAUUUCAAACCUUGGCAUGUUCGGAGUUAAGAAUUUCGCUGCAAUUGUAAAUCCCCCUCAAUCAUGCAUUUUAGCAGUUGGUGGAACAAGAGUACAACUCUUGCCCGACAAAGAUUCUGAAUCUGGUUUCAGGAAAAGUGAUAUCAUGUCAGUGACCUUAAGUUGCGAUCAUCGUGUGAUUGACGGUGCUGUUGGAGCCCAGUGGCUAUCAGCCUUCAGAGGUUACCUGGAAAACCCUCAAACUAUGCUUCUAUAGGGAAAUAAUUGAUAUAUUGGCACAAACUUUGCUAAUAUUGAUCAUCUGUCAGUGCCAUGGACAUUCUUUCUGUUUCUUUUGCACUGUCAUUUGUUAUACCAGUGUUUCAUGCAAACUGUGAGAGGGCAAGUGUAUGACUUGUUUUGUAAGUGAUGUUAUAAAUACUAUAUUUUAUUUUGUUAAUUCUUGUUUUCUUUGUUUGCCCUUAUAAUUUUUUAGCUAUACAUGAAAUGUUGAUGUAUUCCUAAAAAGUUACAUGUUACACAUUCUUUUUGUCCUGUUUUUAAUGACGAUAGCUGUGCAGAAGUUAACUGCAGUGUCUGUUGUAUGAUUUUUAGUAUUUUUUGAUUUUAAAAAGAGUUCUAGUUUUAAAAAUCAUAUUUAUUGUAAAGUAUUUAUACAAGUGUUGAAGGUCUGUUGAUGCUGCAAAUGUAUCUGCUUAGACUGGAGAUACAUUAUCUCAAUCUAUAUUCUAGUAAUAAGUCUUCUCUACUCUCUCACAGCUUCUGUCUUGAAGAUACAGUAUAUACUGAAUUUUGCAAUCAGUUCACAUCUGAAAAAAAGUACCAGGUACCAAAUUAUAAUUUCUGAUAUCUCUUUUUCAUUUCCUUUUACCAAUUUUCUUUUUUUAAAAAUAAAUUUCAUUUUUGGAGACUUAACUGUCUUGCAGAGAAAUCUUUGCUGGUUUUGUCAGCUAAUUCUCAAAAUAUUCUGAGGCACAUAUAUUUAGUCCUGAUCACAUACUGGAGGAACAUUCUGCCUUUUUUACAAUUACAUUCAAAUCAAUGUGUAAUAGAUGAUUGUACAAUUGUUUAGUGGAUUGAGUGGAAGUAUCAAUAUUGUGUAGAAACUUUUACAAAACACCAUUGCCCAAAUUUUUAACACUGCCAAAUUAGUUCUGGGAUCUGCGUUCAACAUGGUUAAACACUUGAAUUUUUGUUUUUUGAACAGAUCAUUUAAAGAGAAUCAUAGCACGUAGGCACUCUUUAGAGAACGUAAGCUCUUCUCAGUUACCUCCUUAUUUCUUGGGAAACCAUUGUGAAGUACAACUUUCAAGCUGAUACCAGGCUUCUAUAUAUUUUUUUUUCCGUUACUGUUUACUUAGCAUGUAGUACAAUGAGCAAGUGUUGAUGAUGUUAUGUACAGAGACAUGCCUAUUACCAAAUACAGUUGAAAUAAUUAUGA